CAUAAAUAGAAUUCUAGUUCGACAAACUACAUACCAAAUUCAAAACUAUGUCUACCACUGUGGAACAGCCAAAUCGGAUAGCUCCUGCUUUAGACGAGCUAACGGAAGAACAGCGCAAGUUUCGCUAUCGUGCGGGUGCGUUUCUUGCAGCAGUCGGUGCAACGUCAGCGGUAGCGGGAUUUAGUAAAGCAAUCAUGUCAGCGAAGAAAUCCGAUCCGAAGUAUUUCGACAAAGGGCUCCACGGAAGCAUAGCGCUUCACGAAGCCGGUACGAGCUUGGCUCUGAGGGCACUAGGCUGGGGAACUCUGUACGCCAUCCUAGGCACAGGCACAAUUUGUUACGGAAUAUGGAAGCUAAGCGGCGCCAAAGAUAUGAAUGAAUUUAGAGAAGUGGUCGGAAAAGCUUUUCCUCGGGUUCCACGCAAUAAUCCGCCUACUAGUCGUACUGAGUUCGAAGGACUAACCGAUUUGAUGCAGUACCUCUCGACCUGGGGAAAGGAAAAGAAAAUGGCACCCGAAGUGCAAGGGCAAGGAUCUCCCAGUCAGUAAUCAUCGCGCACGUUGAUGCAAUUGUGCGAAAGAAGUAGCCACUGUUACAAAAGGGCAACUAUGUUGCUGUCCUACAAAUUCGCGUCAUAUGUAAAUAUAUAGGGUACUGAGCUGUUG